GGUUAAUAAUAUUUUAUAAUUCCUUUAUUUGCGUUAAUAUGAUAUUUCGUUAAUAUAUAUAAUAUGUACUGAUUGACCAAUAAAUAUAAGAAUGACUGACAAAACUGUGUAUAUUUAUGCCUCACAAUGUAUAUUUGUGUGUGCAAUUACAUAUGGCUAUCAAGGUAUACAUUUAGAGAAUGCGCAUAAAUGGAUAGCUAUUGUUGCGCGUUACGUCGUCUAUAUGCUGAUAAUAAAGGGUUCCCGGGAAGCUUGUGCGUUAGGUUAUUCUAUACUACAGGCUCAAGAAACAUUGAAUAUAGAGGAUAUUAUCAAACACAGCAAGAAAUAUGGAUUUAUAUUCAUAGCAUCGGUAGUUAUUUUGUUGUAUAACAAACAAAGGAUCCUUGAUGAGGACUUCCUGUUAUGGUUUAUAGCUUAUUUGGUCACUAAAUAUCCAGAAGUGGAGUCUAAUUUGGUGAACAUAAAUUACGGCGUAGGUAUGGCGUGUAGUUAUUUCGAAGGAUACUUAGUACACGUGAUACCAAGCGAUGGGGCAAAAUUCGUGGGUUUUGAAGAGAACAUGGAUAAAUACGCCGCUAAACAAGGCAUUAUUUUCCCUGUGAAGAGAUUGUUUAUUAUAAUAACGAAAUCUAUGUACUGUCCGCCUGAUUUGAAGCAUUUUAAUAAAGCUAACAGAGAAGAUCUGCCAUAUCUAGAAGCCUGUCAGGUUAGUGAUGAGUCUUUAGAAGAGAUAGAGAAGGACAUAGCGGGCGUGAAAAACCGUACGUACCGAAACUCCGCAUACAAGAUAUACCGUCCUGGUAAACCGCCCGUGUAUCUAUCCGCGGAGUGCGCCACGCCGCUGCACACGCUGCACCGCGUGCUGCAGAAGACAGCGUUAUACGAAGAUUUAGCAAAGGUGAACGUACCCGAAGUGGUGUCAGACUUCUGCCGCACGCUGGGCGCUGUCAUCUCCAAGAGCCCCGAGUGCAGGGACAAAUGCGAACUCGUGUAUUACGACGAUAUGGACCCCAAAGCAAACUUAGCGAGCAUUUUAUUAGACAAGAUACGAGACUUGGAGCCUAACUUCGAUAACUUAAAGAAAGAGUAACAAGACUAGUUCUCAUUACUGAUUAACAUCUAACAUGUUAUCUAACUUUGUCAUUUUUAUGUGUAAGUUAAGUAAUGCGAACUCACGGGUAUGAAAAUAAUUAAAACAAUAACCAUAUUGUGUAAUAUAAAUUCCUCUUAAGUAUAGUUUUAUAAAAAAAAUAAUUGAUAAGAGAAGACAUGUUUUUUAAUUAGAUUUAUAUCAGCGCUAAGCAUUUUUAAGCAUUUUACCAAAACGUGACGUUUUUUCUAUUUUUUUAUUUUGUUUUAAUUUCUUAUGUUAUACUUACUGUACUUUAUAUAGUUUAAGAGAUUUUUAGAAAAGGUGUAAUAACAAAUUGGCCACCAAAUUAUUAUAAAUAGCUUUUGGCCGCGACUCCGUAGGCGUGAAAUUAAAAAAUAAUAAUAAAGAAAUGAAAAUACAUAGCCUCCGUAGGCGUGAAAUUAAAAAAUAAUAAUAAAGAAAUGAAAAUACAUAGCCUAUGUCACUCACUGACAAUUAACCUUUGUCCAAUUAACCUAACGGUGAUAGAAUUUUUUAAAUCGGCCCAGUAGGUUUUGAGCCUAUCCAUUACAAUCAGACAAACAAAUCUUUCCUCUUUAUAAUAUUAGUAUAGAUUACGCGAUUCAAAAUUAUUCAACUGUGAUUCUGAUAUUUUUCGAGAUUAAUCUUUAGUGUUAUCAUAUUAUUCAUUUCUCCUGGAACCUACAGGCGUAAUUACGUUUAAAUCUAACCAAUUUGUUUAAAAUUAAGUACAAAGUGAAAACUAGUCUUAUCUAUGCUAGCUGAUGUCGGCUUCAUCCGCAUGUUAUUAUAAAAAAAAUAUAUUUUAUUAAUUACUUUCCGUUCAUUUGCAGUGGUCAAAUGACAACAAAGGCCUUUGCUAUUGGCUAACAAUUACUGUUGCCAUGGUAACCUUGUUUCUUUAAUAUUGACUUGUAGUUUUUGUCCCCUUCUGACAUAAAAUAUGCUGAGAUUACAUUCUACAUAGCAAAGUGUGUGUUUCCGGUUUAUUUUAUUAGUACAGAUAGAUUAUAUUGUAAUUACUAAGUGUGGAUUAUGUUUUCAGGUUUCGCCCUUAAAACAUAUUUUAAAAUUAUUUAAAAAGUACAUUCUGAAAUAAGAAGGGGGUAAAUUCAAACUUUUAUUAUAAGAAUUAUUAAUAAGUGUGAGUUGGUGCUGUUUGUAAUGCCUAGUAUAUAUUGAAGUAUACAUAGUACACAUUUUGAUACAAUUUUAUUCCGUUUUUGUAUGUAAGUUUUUUUAAUGUACGGCCAAUAAGACAAAUGGUAUUUUGAUGUUACUGUACAAAAUGGCCGUACUCAGAGUAGUUUAGUGGACACUAGUCCCUUGAUCCCUUCAGUAUAAGAAAUCGUUAAACGACUAAGUACGGCAGUGUUUGUACAUUUUUAUGUUGUAGUUAUAAUUCAAAAUUGUUAAUUCAGGUACAAUUUCUUAAAGCUCUUUACUUGUACUGUUUACCAAUUAUAAUAGAUUUAGGUUUUAACAAAUUUAUAUAACAUACUUUAAUGACAACUGUUUCGUUAUGUACUUACAAAGUACAUUUAUAUUUGUUUUGCUACGAUUCUGUUUUUUUUUUUUGGUAGUAAUCUUGGAAUCAGAUUUAAUAAUU